AGCCAUCAGCUGCUGUAGCUGACGCUGUUCAUCUACAGCGUAUCUACUACAUGCCAGUCGUUCUGGAUCUCGCACUUCACACGGAAUCAGCUCGCCGCAUUCGCGUUCGCUGCCGCGACGAAUGUCGUGGCGCAGCUGAUCUUCGUUGCAUGCAUGCUCUCCGCCGUCACGUUUGUCGUCACGCAGGGCCUGCUCCGCGACUUGCUCCAGAUCUACCAUGCGGUCGGGAUCGUCUCGCCGGGGAUCGGCAUGACAUGCGCGGGUAAGGUCUCCGAAAAUAUGCUUAAUCUACUCUGCAAUGGUUGCGGCGGCUAUUCGACGUUAUUCCUGGGGUUCAUGGAAAAAUUCAGCGAACUGAACCUCGAUGCCGUGUUGUGGAUCGUCGUCGCUUUCACCAUCACCAUGUCUGCUGACGACGCACUCGAUGGAGGAGGUGGACGCGCUGGCGAGCCGCAGCGCCCUCCAGGCCAGUCACUUUGGCGAUUUCGACACGCUCAACAGCCUGCGCAGACGCCGCACCGUGUGAGAGGUGCAUUUCAGCACCCGGUUGCUCUAUGCGGAUGCUGCUUCUCCGGGGGGCGGCAGGGAUCGACGAUCAAAUUGUGCAGCCGAUCAGCCUCGCAUCGCUGUUUGUGCAAAUGGUGCGCGAGGCGAAUUUGUCGUGGGCGAGGAUGAUGUCGGGUAAGCGGACCAGGCGCGUGCGACUGGACGGGGGUCGGCAUGUAUAUGAGCGCGCCUGGCUUCGUGCAUGGCUCCCAACCCAUCCCUUC